AUGACGGAAUGGACGCAACAAGCACACGUGUUUGCAGAUCAUGCAGUAUCAGGUGUGCUGGGAGCUGUAACAUCCUUGCACUUUGAUCCAUUUGCUGAGCUCUUGUGGGCUGGUAGUGAGUCUGGCCAGCUGUCGUCCCACACCAAUACACUUCCUACUCUACCGCGCUAUACAUCAUUGGCUGCUCAUGGCACACCAACGCACCGACAAAGUGUGCGUGGGAUUCUCAGCGACGAUAAAUACGUGAUGAGUGUAAGUGAGCGUAGCGUGUGUGCAUCACAACGAAACGGCCUCAAUCGAUGGAUGCUUGACCUUGCGAAGGAGGCGCCCGGUUUCUUGCUUGCCGGUGUUUGUGCGUCACCCCAGAGCUCAUCUUCUGAUAUUAUCGUUGGUGGCGCAACGACGAGUGCCGCGCCAGCGUCUCCUGAACCUAACCCGGGUGACGCGCUUCUAGCAGUUCACGCAAAUUCAGGACGCAUCGUUCGUCGCGCACCUUCCAAUGCAGCAGUCACACAGGUACGAAAGGGUCAGAAGUAUGUGUGUGUAGGCACGGAACAUGGCACGAUUCAACUCCACGAUCCACGCUCUCUGCGUUCAGAGCACAAGCUCUCUGCACAUCAUGGCGGUCUUAUCGAUAUUCAGACAGAUGGACACAUGAUCUACAGUAUUGGAUGGACACUCCGGCAGGGCCGGCGAGUGGCAGAGCCAUUCAUCAAGGCCCAUGAUCUGCGUUCCAUGCACACACUUGUGCCGAUCCCACUGACCGUGCCUGGUGGGCCGGCGCACCUUGCAGUGCAUCCCAAGAAAUCGUCCAUUCUCGCCGUCGCGACGCCUCAAUCACAUUUCCAGCUUGUCGACAUCCAGCAGCCGGGACUGGGCCAGUUCUACACACUCGGGUCAUCUGCUUACAUCACUGCGUUGACGUUUUCAUCCUCUGCCGAUGCUCUGGCAUUUGGUGAGUCAGAUGGCACCGUUCGGCUGUGGACAAGCAACCAUACACAUCCGCAUCCGCCAGCAAGUGUGCGCUUCAAUGCGUAUACGACGGCGCCCGUCACGGGGCCUGACUAUGCGCCGCCGCCACCGGUCAUUGAAUGGUCCGAUGACACGCCACUCUCGUGCAUUGGCAUGCCGCAUUACACAACGCCAUUGCUCUCUCGUAUCGAAUACGAUUCACUAUGGACAGAUGCAAGUCCGCUCUUUACCAUGCACAAGCAUGUGAACGAGCACGCACUCGAACAUGCACGACAUGUCCAGGGCGUGACGUUUGCGCGCGUGCCACUUCAUUUGCGGGGCACACGCAAUCGACUUGUGCCAAGUGACCACGUGCUUUCGCGCUUCGAUCGGCAUGGGAAACUGACACCUGCAGCACGCACUCAAAUGAUGCAAGGGAGACGCAGUGGAUUAGCGCGUCGCGUCGACGUGCCAAUGGCAGGGUUGUUCUCCGAUUUGUCAACGGUUGCUGCACCAGAGCCGCCCCAUUCUGACGGCAGCAGCCAACUUGAUGUGCAGAGUGAUGCGCGAAGCGGACGUCACCUGCGAACCCCAGGCAGCGACCACGCCGAUAGUAUGCCACAUGAUUUCAGAUAUCUGACCAUUCAGUACAGCCGCUUUGGCGUCGAAGACUUUGAUUUCGCUUCCUACAAUCAAACUCCGUACUCAGGCCUGGAAACAAAUAUCAGCGCAGCGUAUGCCAAUUCAUAUUUCCAAGCACUGCAUUAUACCAAGCCUUUCCGAGCCUUUGCGAAACGCCACAUCAUGAUGCCGUGCACGGCUGAUGACUGCUUGUUGUGUGAAGCCGGAUUUUUGUUCCGCAUGUUGGAGGAUGCUCGUGGCACGAACUGCCAGGCAUCAAAUGUCCUUCGCGUGCUGACACGCACGCCGCAAGUGGCUGUUCUCGGCUUGCUCGACGACCAAGUGGCCAAUAUGUCGUACGCACACAUGGUCCAGACGCUGAAUGGCUUCUUCCUCGAUCAAGCGUCGCAGCGUGCGUUGAGAACAGGCGCCUCCAUGUCCCUGUCUUCUACCAUGUUCACGCUAUGUGCGAAUCCAUGUGCGUGGUCCAUGAUGACGUACAGCACAUGCGGUGAGUGUGGCCACACCACCGUUCACCCACAUCUGUCUCAUGUCGUGGACCUAUUGUACCCACCAGGGAGACCUUCCCGGCUGCACAAUAGUGGCGGUGGUACCGGCACCGGCACCGGCACCAGCACCAGCCCCAGCACCAGCACCAUCGGCGGUAUGAAUAUAGGUGGUAUUCCUAGUACCACAACAUAUCCUGCGUCCGGUCACGCGUCAACAGUGGCUCCUGGAGGUACGCACGACUUUGCAUCCCUAGUAAGCGCUUCGAUCCUCCGUGAGACUCUGUCCAAAACCCCAUGCCGUCAGUGUCGCUCGCCCUUCUCGCACCAUCGGUCUUGGCGUGCAAUGGCAUCAACAGAUGCGCUCCCAUCUGUAUUGUGUAUCAAUGCAAGCGCACUGCAUGCCGAACAGCUCACGCAUUGGGCCGAACCGACUCGCAGCGGACGCACUUUCGUGCCCCCGCGACUCGUGAUGUAUGUUGACAAAAUGGGGCUUGUUCAUGUACAGAGCGAGUGGGAAGAUGAGCUACUCGAGAGUCGUUCACAAGACGACAAAGAGGCGCUUCGCUCCCAUGCUGCUUGUUACAUGUUGCGUGCGAUGGUGAUCCAGGCUCAAGGUCGCUUUGAUGCCCCUCAUCUGUGUACGCUUGUGCGUUCACCAAAUGAUGAUGAGCCGAACGCUUGGUACCUAUUCAACGAUUUUCUCGUGCGCCCGAUCGACGCAGAAGACGCUCUUCGUUUUGGCGAGACAUGGAAGGUGCCGGCCAUACUUAUGUGGGAACGCACCGAUGCAGCAGCUCAAUCCCAUGCAGCGCAUCUUGCUGAGCUCGGAAGUCAUCUGCAGCUGGAUACCUCGCUGCUCUUGCACGACGUGCACAUGUCGCAGCACCGCGAUGCGUCGCUCUGUCGACACCGUGUGUUGGACAAGACGGAGCUGCCCCAACCGGGGACCCUCGUUGCGAUCGAUGCAGAGUUUGUGGCGCUCGCGCACGAAGAGCUCGAUGUGUUUUCCGAUGGGACACGCACACUGCUGCAGCCCAGUCGCCUUGCACUGGCACGUGUGUCCGUGCUGCGUGGCGAAGGACCUCGGCAAGGCGAGCCGUUCUUGGACGAUCACAUCCACACGACGGAACGUGUUGUCGACUACCUCACACAAUUUUCAGGCAUCCAUGCAGAUGAUCUUGAUCCUGCCCGCACACGCAAAACACUUGUGUCGCACAAGACAGCGUACAAGAAACUGCGAAUGCUGACGGAUCUCGGCUGCCGCUUCAUUGGACACGGACUCGCGAAAGACUUUCGCAUCAUUAACAUCUAUGUGCCGCCGCAUCAGGUGAUUGAUACGGUACAGCUCUAUCACUCUGCGGCACAUCCACGCAACCUGUCACUGCGUUUCCUGUCGUGGUUCUUGCUUAAACGGGAUAUCCAGCAGGGGCUUAAGAUCCGCACGGAGUCGGCAGAGCAGAGUCACGAGGGACACGACUCCAUUGAGGAUGCACUGGCUGCAUUGCAGCUGUAUCAGAAGUACGAGGAGUUUGUGCGCGAUGGUCGCUUAGAGGACAUGCUCGAGGACUUGUAUGAGAUUGGACCUCGCGUCAACUGGCGGCCACCAGAAAAAACAUAG